AUCACUCUCGGAGGUAAAUUCGAAAUACAUUAUUAUACAAAGAGGUAUUCAGCGCGGCAUAAGUUCCGUUUCGACCAAGCCGGGGUGAAAAUCAUCCCCGUACUCUAGAAAAAUGAUGAAUGCAAUUUCUGAAUUGAGCAAACGUGGUAGAAAUAGCAGAAUCUAUGAAAGUAUCCCCGGGUCCAGACUAGUUUUUUGUUUUUUGAAAGUCACCCACUCUAUCGAUUUCGAAACAGAUCGAGUCCGCUCAAAACGCCCCUAAGCAUUAAUAUACGUGAAAGCUUAACCCAAUCGAUACACAGCGUCAAAUGUCUACGCUUAUCGAAAAUCCCUAAGUAUAUCGUAAAUAUACAGGAAUCUAAAGCUUACAUACGCCAUUUAUAUACUUUUUAGGGACACCAGUAUCCAACGUGGGUUUUGAUCUAUUCAACAAUCAAAAUAACUCCAAAUAAUGGGUCGGAUCUCUGGCAAGCUACCAUUUGCUGCCAUAUUGCCACGUACACAUUUCUGUAAUUGUGAACAAGAAUAAGCCUAUUUAUAUCUAGAACAGACGAGAUCCUUGAGACAAAAUCACACGAUAGCACUCAGCAAACAAUUGAAUUUCUGAAAUGUUCCCGCGGUAUAGGGAUUGAAUCUCUAUCACGCUCGCGGACAUAUGUAUGGGGUCGUCUUUUUUUGAAACGCAUUUACUGCCGCAUUGAAACAAUCUCGUUAUAGGGACGGGGCGAUCGCUUCGACUGCUACUAGUCUACGAGCAAUUUGUUUUUUCGAGAUAGCGAUAUUAUGAUUCGUGCAGUUCGCCUGCCGGCGCUGCGCGAAAUGGCCCCUCUCUUCCCGUGGUCCUACACUGGUUUGCCCUCUUCGUUUAGAUUCCUUUCUGCCACAAGCACCACUAGGACCGCCAUCUUCACUGAAUGCAGUUUUGUUCUGAGCAGAGUUCAACAGAACUGAGGCGUUUGUCGGUGGUGCUCAGCUUUGUCAACUGGCCCCCUCAAAAGGUGGUGUCUGGAAGCGGCGGCAAGAAGCCCGAUGGGCUCCACCAUGCGACAGCGGUAAUCUGCUGGAGAGAGCUUUGGUCUCUCGUUAAAAGCACUCAACAAUUAGGUCUGUCAAAUUCGAGGCCACCGUACGGUAAGUAAAAUGCCGCAUUAGUCAGUGCUCUGGAGUGCCAUUGAGAGGAGAGGAGAGGAGGGGGCAGGCGGGCGGGGGAGUGGGUUGAGGAGCGCAGAUGAUUGAACAAGCCCGCUCGAAUUGGGACCUGCCGAAUACACGGUAUAUAUCUGCCGCUUCUGUGGGAGUAAGAAUUUGUGUGUAUGUGUUUGCGUGUUUCUAUGUGUCUGUUUUUCUUAGCAGAUUCUUACAUAAAGAAAGGAUUCACUGAGAUUAACUAUACUUUUGUAUUAAUUUACUAGAACAAUCGCUAGUAAUUUUCCGACCGGUCCGAUGUCAUAUUCCACAAUCUUUCUGCGUGUGUCGUCGUUGUGAGCGGGAAUAGAAAGGUGUACGUCGACAACAACUAUGCCAUAAGGAUGUCUAUAACAAGCCCGCCCGAACCCUAUUGGCGUCUGCAGUGAUAGCUGGCCCUUGGAACCGAAAUUUUCUGUUCUUUUAACUAUAGAAACAACAUUGUCCACAUGGCGUGUACUCACCGCUAGUUUAUAAACAAGUUGAGCAGACGGAUUGAAUAUCCAUCAAUCAAAUAAAUUUUCUCACUUUUGUCAGGUAACACUUGAAAUACAUACAUUUAUAACAACUUACCAUACUAAACUCUAUGUUAUCAUCGAUUAUGGCUUUACGAAUUUGAAUAACUACAGUGUGAUAAUUUCAUGGGCUUCUUCAGAUCAUGCCAAUGAUUGCAUCAAACGUUACGCACCAUGUUACUGCUAUCGAUGGAUUAUAUAUGAGAUCAGCGAGAAAAGACGAUCAAGAUGGCCGGGACCUUAAUGAGACGGAGAACAUUGUCUUAGGUAGUUUUUGCGCCCGCGCAGAGGAAGGUCACUUGCGCGUUCAAUGCUGAUUUGUCAUCAUUGAAACAGAUCUUUUCGUUGCUUUAAGCGCCGAGACUGAGGUAGCUAAGCCACGAUCAUUUUGAAGAUCCGAUCCAUCGUCCUGUGUUAGUACAGUCUUUGGGCGAUGUACAAUAAUUAUUCUUUGGCUGAACUGUUUCUAUGGCAAGGCUUUAUGGUAUUUAAAUUCGACAUUAAGCUGUAAUUUAUGUUGCCUGCCCUGCGUACAAUAUUGCGCGCGAAAGGAAAGGGGGAAUUGUUAAAGAAGCUUCCGAGAGGAGAGAGAAUCAUUUUUAAUACAUUUGUUUACGGACUUAUAAUGUGUGCUAUAUACUACAGCUUAUUAAAUUUGAUCAUCGUAGUGAAGCUCGUGUUUUCUAUCUAGAUACUUCAUUUACGAACUCAUGUCAACCUUCUACAACACGAUAACUUAAACAAAUCGUGUUACAUAUCGGGGUUUUUCUGAAUACGACUCCAUUGGGGUUAUUGACAGCCAACAAACAAAAGGUGUUUCUAAUAGAGACUUUUUAAUAGUAUGGGAUUGAAUGCAUAUUUAUUGCUAGAUAACAACUUUAUCUUAUACAAUUUUAAGCGGGCUGUCUUACAUAGUUACUUACUAUGUUUCACUGUAUGCAACGCAGCGACUUAUACGUUGACGGCGGAGCUGAUCUCGAACUGUAGAGGUGGGAACAAGUUAUUAUGACCGGUUGCGUUUUCGUGUCAGCUGUUGUCUUUAUGACUAAAAAUGUCCCGUGGCAAACAAGCUGUAAUCCAUUGUAUAUAGGGCUCAACGUAUAAAGUAUCUGUAGAAAUACACAGGCAGUCCUUUUUACCAUACUUCGUUGACCCGAAUAGGUUUCGUCUAGGAGUGUCAUUAAAAUAUCGUACAGAUAAAGACGAAAAAUCACUGCGUUUAUCGACGCUUGAAUGCUUGCUGUUCAUUCAACAAUACAUAUCGUUGUUUAUGAACAAAGUACUACGAGCAGAAAGACGAAUGACUGAAAAAACCAUAAACCUACUGAAUAUUGUGUUACAGGAUCAUCUGAUUACGUACCUUGUGCUGUAUUCCACUAGAAAAUUCAACUAAUAGGUAAAAUCACGACAACAAGACAAAUGCAAUGAUUUUCAGUUUGUAAAUUUUCAUAUUGACUCUAGGCUGAUUGCCGAAAACCCGCAUACUUAUGUCGGGUAGAGGGCGCCAGCGAGUUCGGGGGCGACCGCCAAAGACGCCUUCUGGCGGCCGCGGUAGCGGAAACGCCAAGAAGCCGCGCUAUCUCUAUGCUGGGGGCCAUGCUAACACUGUGCAGUACCGACAGCGCCUUCGGGAAGGUCUCCGACAAGAGCAGUUUAUCGGGGACAGUGCCAGCGAGUCAGAAAAUAACGCUGCUGUCACGUCUGACAAUGAGCUUGACGAUUUGGGUAUAAUCGAGGCUCGGGUCGGGUCGGAAAACGGUGAUGGGCGCGCAGGUGACGAGGAUUCGUGGAACUCGAGUGAGCACGAGGAACACGACUCGGAUGAGGAUUAUGUUGAAGGUAUUGAGAAAAGCGAACGGACGACUGGCGGCACUGAAGAACGCCGUAGAUUGCCUCGUAGACCCACAACCCCAGUUUUUCUUCAGGACCGUGAAAAGCCAACUCUUCAACUACCUCCAUCAUCGGAUGAUCUGCUUAUGCCUCGCGAACAUCUAAUGCGGGCUCUGGACGUUUAUGAGACGAUGCGGCAUUUCAGCAAUGUUCUCCGCAUGACCCCGUUUACUUUUGAAGAAUUCUGCGCUGCGCUUAUGUCACCAGAUCAUUCGGCAUUGUUAAGCGAAUGUCACAUGUGCCUCCUCAAAGCUAUCCUCCGCGAAGCGGACGCCGUUAAUACUCAUUUUGGUCCUCAGGAUAUCAAGGAUUCAAUUAAUAUUCACCUCUAUGUACUCGAUCACGUGACGUGGCCGUCUACAUUGCAAAUGUAUCUUUUAGCCGAUGCUGAACAUCGGCCAGCUUUGCUUUCAUUUUUGGGCCUUUCUCCGGAUCACGAGGCUGUACCAUCGUCCCAUGAACCUUGCUAUCAAUCCGAAUAUCCGUUGAACGCGGGCGUUUCAAGACGUUUAUCUGUGCUGCAGUUCCUAGCCGGCCAGUUUCUAGAUAUCACGCCCGUGCGGGAUGAUACCACUCGAGAAGGUGCACCGCAGCAUGACGAUCACUGCCGUGUAUGUCAUAAACUGGGUGAUCUCUUGUGCUGUGAACAAUGCCCAGCUGUUUAUCAUUUGACGUGUCUUGAUCCUCCGCUCGAGACUGUGCCAUCAGAGGACUGGGUGUGCCCUGUUUGUCGGGGAAACGCCGUCAAGGGUGUGGCUGAUUGUGUUAGCGAGAUUGAACGAGCCGGACUUUUGGCUCGACAGGACGUCCUCGGUUACGACCGCGAAGGGCGAAAAUACUGGUUUCUCGUCCGUCGAAUUAUUGCUGAGGGUGACACAGACGGAGAAGAGCAUAGCGAAGUAUUCUACUACUCGUCAGUGGCGCAACUCGAGGAGUUGAUGAGUUGUCUUGAUGGUGAUGAUCUCGAGGCCGAUCUUGUGCGGGUUCUUAAUGAGCAACGACUCGACGUAGAGCGACAGAUGAACCUGACAAUGGAAUUAACUACGGCAGCAAACAAAACAGGUCGCAAAAGUUGGCUUGAAGACAAUCGUAUUGAAGUAGAGGCCCGUCUGAAGCUCAAACAGGAACAAAUGCUAGAUCAGGUGGCCGGAUCCCUGACAGCGACAGUCAAAUCGGAAUCCGCCGAAGUACAGACUCGAAGUAAAACAGCCGCUCUUAACCAAACGUCUUUCCGACUCGGGAGUGAAGCGAACUUUCGGAACUAUAGCAACUCCUUCAGCAGCAAUACUCUAGCGCUCAAUCGGCAUCAACAUGCCGAGGAGCGCGACAAGAAGAGGCACCUUUCUCAUAAAUUUUCGUUGACGCCGGCCUCUGAGUUCAAAUGGAUUUCAACGUCAUCAGGAAGCCAAUCAAAUUCUGUGACAGAUCUCCCCUCAGUCUUGAAUCUGCUUCGUCAAACAAUGCUUCACCUUGAGUCGCAACUGGGCGGGUGUCUUUUGCAUCCGCAAUGGACGGCGCACUUCCGCUCGCAGUGGGUACAAGCGCUAAACAAGUGUAACAAGACCAAAGACAUGGUGACUGCUCUUCAGGUUUUGGAGAGCGUGAUGAAGCCAUGUGUGUUCGUGCCCGCGUGGUCCGAAUCGCUAGGGCACACGUUUUUGAGGCGAUCAACGCAGAACGAACGCGAAGAAAAAAAGAAACAGGAUAAAAAAGAGCGACGUGGUAUAGCUGGCUUUAUGGCGUUGUAUUCAGGCGUCACGGAAGAUGGGGAAGACGUCAGCGACCGAUCACUUUGGUGCAAAUAUACGUUAGGGUUGCGACAUCAAGUGUGGAAGCAAAAAGGCGAGGAGUUCCGUAUAACAGGCACUGGCGGUUGGUGCUGGAAUGCGCGGACACGAGUAAGCCGACCGAAACCGAUGUCUGAGUGCGGUCUGCGAGCGGGUCCCACCCGACUGAGUAUAUUUUUAUCGGGUCAAACUGUUCCUCGAAUUGUUGACGUGUCCAAGUUGGAGGUAUCCGUAACGCAGAAGGAUAACACCGCGGAACUUAAGCGGCCUGCUCUGAUUCGUGCACUCUGCGACCAACACAAAGUCACCAUCGAGGAUGUGCUGGAUGUAAGCAGUGCCUUGAUGGAUCAAACCCGAUCAUUGUACCCCAAGGUUGCAGCAACUGCAAAACUGGAUAAACUACUUGAGAGGAGAGUUCGUUUAAGCAAACUUCAGGGUGGUGGAAACACAGGCGUCAUUUCAGAAGAAGCCCCGCUUAUACUACCGCCAGGAUUGUCAUGCUACGCAUGUACAGAAAGCACGCGAUCGUCUUGCUAUUCACCGUUGUGUCGCAUGUUUACUGCUCAGGUGCAUGCAUCGCGUCGUUUAACCGACACUCGGGAAAAGGUCGAUCUCACCAAGCUUCGCCAAUACUCUGGUGGCGGCACCGUUGUCAGCGGCGGUGCUGCCGAUACCGCCAAUCUCCCAGUCGCGAAGGUUCAGCAGCUUCCGAGAAAGCCAAGAAAAAAGGAGCUUCCCCCAAUACACAAGUUUGUGACUGGCAAUGGCGGACGAAAGUCGCUGCUUGUGCUUGACAAAUGGGACUACCGGAAGCUCGCAAGGCGUUCCGGCCUGGGCGAGGCACAGGGCUUUAGUUAUAGUGCAAAGUCCAACAGUCAGGUUUGGAAUUAUGGCUCAGCGCCGAGACCCGUCCUUCGAACUCUGUGGCGUUGGCGAAAUACUCAGUUUUUAUGGACAAGUAGCGCGUGCGUGGCCUUACAACUGCGGGUGCUGUGGCACUGUCUACGCUGGGAUGAUUUAGUCACGAAACCCCCGCCAAGUGGCUCGAACACCGUAACCACAGAUACGCAAGUCGAGACAAGUGAGCUUGUCAGACGUCGAGACUUGCCUCCCUAUGGCCUCCGAUCUGAGUACCUUGUCAGGAAGAUCAUCGUUCCCAUCGAUCUCCCGUCGAAACCCCGUGAGAAAACCGCCCCGCAACGUAGUGGCCUGAGGGAGAGGCGUCGGCCAGAAUCACCACAGAGCCGGGGACCGCAGAUGACGGAAGUUUGGACUUCUGAAGAGUUGCUUGAAGUCUGGGAACUGAAGAUAUUCCAGGAGAAACUCGAAAAGCAAAUCAAGGAGCGCCAACAGGAGAAAGCUUUGGCACCAUCGUUAUCGGACAAAGCCCACUCAGCGACCCGAAUAACAAGCUCUGCAAGUUCGACGUUAUCGGGAUCUACAAAUAUUGUUGGCGUCAAAGUCGUUGGCGCUGGGAAGAGCCCAGCUGAGAUCCGAGCUCAAAUGGAAGCUAAUCUUCGAGCACAGCGGCUGGCACUGCAAGGCAAGAAGGUGGUCACGGUUGCAUCGUCUGGGGGCACAGUCCUACAGACGACGGUCGGCGACGUUGGGGUCCGACGUAUCGCUCCUGCAGUAUCUUCGGCAACGGGCGGAUCGGUGACCCAGUCAAUAGGCACCACCACUAAACAGAUCGUGAUCCGUCCGGCUGGCGCAACAAUUGUAUCAAGUAAAGGUGCUGCCGGAGCAACUUCGAUACGAUCAGGAUCGCCCGCCGUUAUACGUGCCGGGGUCAGGCCGACGCUGACUCAGGCCGGACAACAGGCAAGACCAACAGUAAGGCCUGCUGGCAGUUCUCAGGUGAAAUCACAGGUGCAUAUAAUCCAAGGUCCGAAUGGGCAGCUUACCGUACGUGGUCUUCAGCCUGGACAGCAAUUGCUCAAACUCCCUGAUGGUCGGCUACAAAUAGUCAAUAUUCAGCAGAAGCCCGCCUCACCACAGGCAUCAUCUGUCGGACAGACCUCGUCCGUACAAAAGAUUGUCAUCCAACCAUCAUCAGCGAGCCAAACCGGGACAAGCGGUAUUGCCGCUUCUGCUGCUGCUGCUGCUGCUGGGCAAAAACUCAUUCAGAUCCGGUCAUCCGGGGUUGCCACUCCUCAAAACGUGUCAAACACUGUGAAGGCCGUUAAACUCAUUCAGUCCAGCGGUGGGACGCAGGUUGUACAGACGGGCGUCGGCGGUCAACUCAUCAAAGGUCACCUGGUACAGCAGGUGGGCACCCUGGUACAGCCUCUAACAACCCCGGUCGUCCUUAGCACGAACAGUCUCGCUCUAUCGGGUUCCACCACGGCCGCCGCCACAACUCUGCUACAGCCCGUGGCAACAGGUUCGCCGAAAGUUGUCAUCAGCGCGUCACAGCUAGGCUCAACAGGUCCCCAGCUGAUCCUCACUAAUCCGACGACCGCGACGACGAUGACAGCUACCCAAACCGGACGUCAGGAAGUGGUCAAGCAAGAGCCACCUUCGUCACCGCAGAUGACCUCUGUGGCUGGAGCUGCAGCACCCACAACGGGCAACACUGGAACCCCUCACAAAAUUAUCCUGACGUCACAACAAUUCGCGCCUAAGGUAGCAUUAAGUGUUGCCUCAGGGGGCUCAACCCCGGCACGGAUGACUGGUACAGGCAUUGUUAAGAGUCCACCAUCUCCCCCGGCUGCUAGUUCAGCGACGUUCGUUCUUACCCCCGCAAUGACACAGCAAAUUGUCAAGCAGGCUCUGAUGAACCCAUCGACGACGCCGGAAGUUCAACAAAAGCUGUUGGCAUUGCAGCGCCACCACGCGACAGUAACAACUCCAACUUCCGGGCAGAAUUCGACCCAACAAGCGUCGACAGGCCAACACCAGACUGUUGCACCAAAACAGGUGAAAAGUGAGCCUGGUACAGGAAGCCAAAAUUCACAAUCAACAAUCGGAACUUCAAAUGCAAUUAGUGGAAUCCUUGCAACUACACCCAAAAAGGAACCCCUAGCGAACGAUGAAAAUAUCCAUUGCGAACCAACUGGGACGGCCGAUCAACACCAGCCUGCGUCCUUACAGGUGCUAAGGAACACCAUUACUCAGGUUGAACGGGAUGAGCGGAAUAAUCAAAGGCGACAGCGGGCACGCGAUUCCGAGAUGGAAAAACGCUUGCGAGCCCAACAAGCGCUGCUCGCAAAACAGACAGAGGCACUUCGCCGCGAGAUAAUGCGUAAACGGGCAUUGAUGGAACGAGAGUUAGCCCUUAAGAUUGAAGAGGACCUCCAAAUAGAUCGUCAGCUCCAGGAAAACAGGAAACGUCAAAAUCAGGCACUAUCAGCCCCCCCUUCAAACGUAGUUGUUUCGGCAAGCGUGACUCCAAGCGCUGUAACAAAACCGAAAAAUACAGUAUCGAAUCAGGUUAACGUGAACAACCAAAACGGCGCCAGCGGUGGGCCGAUGGGUGGAACCAAGGGUGGGUCUCGGUCGCCACCGAAAAGCUCGCAAUCGGCAGCCCAGAAAAGUCAACCGUCAACGAAUAGCAAUAGUAAUCGAAAACGAACAGCGUCAAAUUCUGUUGUGAACACGGCUGGAGGCCAAGCCAGCGAGGGUGCUAGUUCCCCGAAGAAAAAGGCUCGUUCGUCAAGUUUUACCUCAGGUGGAACGGGCGCAGCGAGCGGCACGCAUGGAGGCCCCGGGGGCUCCGCUUCAGCAUCUAAGGUAUACUGUAUCUGCAAGAAACCCUAUGAUCCGUCAAAGUUUAUGAUAGGCUGCGACCUUUGCUCGAACUGGUUUCAUACUACGUGCAUCGGCGUCACGGAAGCGCAAGCGAGGGCAAUGGACAGUUGGGUGUGCUCUGAUUGUCAACAACAGCAGGACGAUGCCGAUGUCGAGCUUUAUUGCCUCUGUCAGACGCCCUACGACGAAUCGCAGUUCUACAUUUGUUGCGACAAUUGUCAAGGGUGGUUCCAUGGGGGCUGUGUCGGUGUUCUGGCAAGCGAGGCUAGCAAAAUUGACGUUUAUAUCUGUCCGCAGUGUAAGGCAAGCAGCGGUGAAGAGGUAUCGGUGGCGGUUCUCAAUCGAUCUCUGGGCAAGACGGACCAAGAAAACCUUCGAAAAUUGCUGUUUGCUGUGAGAGCCCACAAACAGGCCUGGCCGUUUAAGGAGCCGGUCAAUCGAAGGCAGGCACCAGACUAUUAUCAGGUGAUAAAGGAACCAAUGGAUCUUCGAACGAUGGAACAGAAGCUAAAUGUGGGGAAGUACAGCACGUUGGCUCCAUUUGUUGCCGAUAUGACGAAGAUAUUCGACAACUGCCGCUACUACAACCAGAAGAACAGCGCCUUUUACGUGUGCGCAGAUUUGCUUGAAGCCUUUUUCGGUCAGAAGAUCAAGCUGUUUAAAGAAGCUCUGCAACGGCGAAUGUAAUUAAUACAAGUUAACAUGUAUAAACAGAACCAGAAAAAAUGGAGGAACUCACUUUUACAAAUAUGAGGUCGACGUAGGUGAGCUUUGCAGAGGCAAGAACAAAUUGGUCUCCUUAUUUUUUUUUCCCUCGAUAUCUUACAAAGCAUUAGAACGAGCGAAUGUUGCCGAAUUGUUUAGUCGCUAAAAUUGAAAGAAAAUACACCGGGCUGUCGAUCUCUGCAUUGGUGAUUCUUCAGUACGCUAGUUCCAACAGUGAACCGCACCUUCAUCAUUCCAAGACAGGCGCUUAUAAUGCGAAUAGUACUCGUUGUACGAUUGUAUAUAAAGUGACAGUGAUGGUGCUGAAGAUACCCCGGGCUGUUGUUGGAAAGCCAUAUUUAUUGUUUUCGUCGAUCCUGAGCCCGUAUGUGAAUAUGUUGCCACUCAUACCCAUUCACCAAUAAAUUAGUGGAAUACGCAUGAAACGAUUAGGUCUCAAUGCAGAAAUAAUUUGGGGCUUUAGUUCUCAUGCUCUUGCAUUGAGGUUUCAUGAUGACCUGAUCGCAAUAUUUGGCCUCUUAAAACUGGUACACGAACACCUGGCCUUAGAUCGUGAUUCUAGAAGUUGACUGUGUAUCACCACGCCAACGAAUCGUGCGGAUCAACGAAAAUCAUUAUUAACAGGAUACAUCUGUUUUUGUGAGUUACUCCAAUUUAGUCAAAAGCAUUAACAGAGCUCUGUAGGUUUUCAGAAAAGCGACCUAUGUGACCCGCACUAUGUUACUGCCUUGGAAAUGCCAAAGAAGUAGGCCACUAGGAAUUGGACUGGUUUUUGCUGUGGUCUUUUACUUUUCAAUCGUGUCAAAAUUUACCUACCUAUUUGCACAGUUUUGUAAAAUCGAUUACGAUCGUAGGCAAUGCAAUAACGGAAGAUUGGCGGAUGUUUUUAUACAAUAUAUGAUAAAUACGGUUAGGGGAAUCACUCUCAGCGAGGUCGCUAUGCCGAAGAACCAUCUGGGAAGUCACAAUCUUUCGACUGACUCGUGCUCAAGAACACCAUCAUACCAGAAAAGAGUCAUGAAGAUAUGUAGAAACUGUGCGUUCUCAUUCGAACUAUUCAAUUAUCACUAUGAACAUCUGUGCCCACAUCUCUGAUGGCAAUAACUAGUGCGUACAGCUGGAAGUCUUGUACCAAUAGCUGCCGUGAGCGUAAAUCUUCUUGGCCGAAUUACGGACCAACGUAUCGAUUUGUUCGUAGAAGAUUUUCUUCACAUGCAUCGCAUUUGCCCAGGAAAGACACGUGCGUCCUAGGAAGAAAUACAAUAAGUGUGUUUGUCGAUGUAUGUGGAACGAUUCUUAUUAUUAGAAAAUAAACACACAUUACAACUGGGUUGUUAUUAUCGAUUACCUGUAAGUUAUCACUAUUAAAAAAUUGAGCCACUAGAAUAAACCGAAUAUACUUAGAAGAUGCAACUGUUAUUACCAUCCUCGCUGUUGUGAAUACGUUAUCUCAUUGUGCGAUUGUAAGAAUGGGACUAUUACUAUUAUGUCGCUGAGAGCUGGCGAGCCUUAUUACUUAGAUUUGAAUUAGUUGCUAAGUCUUGACAAUUUUACGGCUUCACACUAGUUGAAACAAGGAAGAUUACGAAGAUAUGGAGAAUCGUGGGCGGAACGAUAUCUGUUGAGAUGCGGUGAGUAAAUCCAGCAGAAAAUGAAUCAAUUUCUUAUGGAAAAUAAGGAUGAUAUUCGUACCACAUAAGACAACAAAACCCAGACACAACCCUUUCAUUCGUCUGUAUAUUAUGUACAUUACUAUUGUAACCGAAUAACUAUGAGACCUAAAAGCCUGUAGAUGAACAUUUGUGUAUGUACGCAUGUAUGUAUUGAUUAUAGGGAAAUAAAAGUCGAAUCUUAGGGCGACAAAUUGCAACGAUGUUAGUUCCAGCGACGAAAUGACACGUUUGUAUGCAACACGUCUUUUGACAUAUAUAAAUAAAAUGUAAGUCACAGGAGUCCGUGUGCGCAAAAACACAAAGUAAAGUGGAAAAGAGGCGAGAUGUGUUAUUGAUUUAAGUAAAUACGCGUAAUCAACUGGAAGGUGCGUGAAAUAAAAAGAACA